AUAUUGGGAAACAACGGAAGUGAGAGAGAGAGAGAGAGAGAGAGAUAUUGAGAUAACUGUGUGUGUGUUGAGUCAAUCAGUUUCCGAAAAAGGGCGUCCUCCUCCUCCUCGCUGCUUUUUUUUCCCUCAUGUUUGUCUCUCCGGAGGAAGGGGCGGUCUCAGCGCCACAGCAGAUCCGGAAUUAGAAGGUGCUCGCUCGGCUCGGCUCUGCUCGGACGGUGGGCUCCGCGGGCGGCUCGGUUCCAACCGACACGAAGAAGGAGGCACAGGACGACAGGAGGAGGACAACCGGCUGAAACAAAAACAAAUAAAAACAUUUCUAACAGAAAGAAAGAGGAAAGGGAGAAGCCAGGUGGACUGAAAGUGUCGACGACAAAUCCGGAGCAGAAAAAGGGGAAUAAAAAAAAGAAGAAGAAAGAAAAGUAGAGCGAGAAGAAGGACGAGAUGCCUCUGGCUCAGUUGGCAGAUCCCUGGCAGAAGAUGCCUCUGGGGGGGACGGCUGGGGAGGAUGCACAUCACGAUGCUGAGGACUCAGUGGGCGAGGACGACUCGAUGCCUGCCUGCACAGAUGACGUGCCAAUCAAGGAGAUCAGCAUCACUCACCAUGUGAAGGAGGGAUCAGAGAAAGCCGACCCACGACAGUUCGAGCUACGCAAAGUCCUGGGACAAGGCUCCUUCGGCAAGGUGUUUCUGGUGAGGAAGAUCUCAGGGCCAGACGCCGGGCAGCUGUACGCCAUGAAAGUCCUGAAGAAAGCUACGCUGAAAGUGCGUGACCGGGUCAGGACAAAGAUGGAGAGAGACAUCCUGGUGGAGGUCAACCAUCCCUUCAUCGUCAAACUGCACUACGCGUUUCAGACUGAGGGGAAGCUGUACCUGAUCCUGGACUUCCUCAGAGGAGGAGAUCUCUUCACUCGUCUCUCUAAGGAGGUAAUGUUCACAGAGGAGGAUGUGAAGUUUUACCUGGCAGAACUCGCUCUGGCCCUCGAUCACCUUCACAGCCUGGGCAUCAUUUACAGAGACCUCAAGCCAGAGAACAUCCUGCUCGAUGAGGAGGGACACAUCAAGCUGACCGACUUUGGCCUCAGUAAGGAGGCAAUAGACCACGAGAACAAGGCCUACUCCUUCUGUGGGACGGUGGAGUACAUGGCUCCAGAGGUGGUGAACAGGCGAGGACACACGCACAGCGCCGACUGGUGGUCGUACGGCGUGCUCAUGUUUGAGAUGUUGACGGGAACGCUGCCGUUUCAAGGCAAAGACCGGAAAGAGACGAUGACCAUGAUCCUCAAGGCCAAGUUGGGAAUGCCACAGUUUUUGAGUUCAGAAGCUCAGAGUCUCCUCAGGAACCUUUUCAAACGCAACCCUGCAAACAGAUUAGGAGCUGGACCAGACGGUGUGGAGGAGAUCAAGAGACAUCAGUUCUUCAGCACCAUCGACUGGAAUAAACUGUUCCGCAGAGAGCUCCACCCUCCCUUCAAACCGGCUGCAGGACGACCUGACGACACUUUCUAUUUUGAUUCAGAGUUCACAGCUAAAACACCCAGAGACUCUCCGGGGAUUCCUCCCAGUGCCAACGCCCAUCAGCUGUUCAGAGGAUUCAGUUUUGUGGCCAUAACAGAAGAGGAAACACAACCACUACCCAGUACUAUGGUUCAGCAGCUGCACAGAAGCACAUCCCAGUUCUCAGACACCUACGAGAUCAAAGAGGACAUCGGUGUCGGGUCCUACUCCAUCUGUAAACGCUGCCUUCACAAAGGAACCGGCAUGGAGUACGCAGUCAAGAUCAUCAACAAGGCCAAGAGAGACCCGACGGAGGAGGUGGAGAUCCUGCUGAGAUACGGACAACAUCCCAAUAUCAUCACACUCAAGGAUGUGUAUGACGACGGCCGGUCGGUGUUCUUGGUGACGGAGCUGAUGAAAGGAGGCGAGCUGCUCGACAAAAUCCUCCGCCAGAAGUUUUUCUCUGAGCGCGAAGCCAGCGCGGUUCUCUACACCAUCACCAAGACGCUGGAGUACCUGCAUGUUCAGGGGGUGGUGCACCGAGACCUGAAGCCCAGUAACAUCCUGUACGUGGACGAGAGCGGGAACGCCGAGUCCAUCAGGAUCUGCGAUUUUGGUUUCGCCAAACAGCUGAGAGCCGAGAACGGUCUGCUCAUGACGCCGUGUUACACCGCCAACUUUGUCGCACCCGAGGUGCUGAAGAAGCAGGGUUACGAUGCCGCCUGUGACAUCUGGAGUCUCGGAGUCCUGCUCUACACGAUGCUAACAGGUUUCACUCCCUUCGCUAACGGUCCGGAGGACACGCCGGAGGAGAUUUUGGCUCGUAUCGGCAGCGGGAAGUUCUCCCUCACUGGAGGAUACUGGAACUCCGUCUCUACUGAGGCGAAGGACCUGGUGUCCAAGAUGCUUCACGUCGAUCCCCACCGGCGGCUGACGGCCGGUCAGGUCCUCCGACACCCCUGGGUGACGCACAGAGACCAGCUGCCCAAAUACACCCUCAACAGACAGGACGCGCCGCACCUCGUCAAGGGUGCGAUGGCAGCCACCUACUCGGCCCUCAACAGGAACGUCCCUCCGGUCCUGGAGCCGGUGGGCUGCUCCACUCUGGCCCAGAGGAGGGGGCUGAAGAAGAUCACCUCCACCGCUCUGUGACCUUUAACCUCCCACCCCCACCCCCCACUCUGACCUCGAUCUGACCUCCGCCGGACCCUCACCCCUCCUCUCUCGCUCUGGUCCGGUCCGGUGGGACAGACUACUGAUGGACCCAGGAACCACUAACGCCAAAUAGGAACACAGAGACCACCGCCCCCCCUACGCCAUCCCUGCCCUGUCCUGCACCUUAACGGACUCUUCUGAUUGGAUCUCGUGGCUGGUUAUUUCUCAGCUUCAGCAUCUCUGAUCGACAGGCCGAGUCCUCUGGUGGUGUUUUUGCUUCGGACAAUCAGCGCCGCCUCGUGGAGCCACAGACCGAGCGCGCGUCAGGAAAAUAAAAGUACUGUAUUUAUUUACUUUAAACGGGGAAAACUGAACAUAGGAACAUGGUAAUCCAAUGUAUGCAUUUAAAGAGCAAGGAUCAUUAUUAUACUGUCGUUAUGGUUCUGGGUAGCUGUAGAUCCUCUAUUUAAACCUCAAGUAGCCUCUGAGAUGACGGCGGCUGCAGAAAAGGACAGGUGUGAAUCGAUGUUAGCGGCAGAGUGAUGUUCGGAGCAGCCUCAGCCUCAAAAUGUUGCUGUUUGCUUUCCAGAUUUACCUGCAGAGCUAGAAAAAUCUCGACUUAGGAAAGGGGAGCUCUGAUGACAGAAGCAUUUACUCAAACUUAAGUUCUGAUUUGAUGUUUUUUGGGAUAAAGAAAAGUCUCUCAGGAGAGAUGAUUUUAUACAUCUCACACUUCCACUAUCCAGUAUUUUACCUUUCAGGUGCAAAACACAAAGAACAAAAACCAAAUUUGCAGAUGUCCAACAGUUGGUUUAUGAAUCCAGCAGUCUGUGUCCAAAACUUAAAUUCAUUUUGGGAAUGAAAUCAAGCUUUUAUCCCGAAAGGUUUUACAUAAACUUAAAGGAUGAGACAGUAUUCUGUAUUUUAAUUAUUGCCAACAAAUCCCAUGAAAAGACCAAAACCAACAAUGUGUCUCAGUGCUUUCUGACUUCCUGUCUGUGGCUCUCAGCUCCGAGCCCAUUGGUUCCUGCUGAAGAGCUAAAUCUUUAAAAACACCUCACAAAUAUUCAGAUUUAUGUUUAAAAAGGCGCAGUAAUUUCCUAAAACAGCUGCUCGCUGCAGUUUUUCUCAGACAAACAGGAGGAAAUGGUGCAUUUGUUGGGGACUAUUUUCAGCGGCGGAUGAAUCCACAUGUGGUGCUGUAGUGAGUGUUUGGGGCAGCAGGACGGUGUGUGUGGGGCUGAGUCAGAAUAAACUACAGUGUGUGUGUUGAUGGUGAUGAAGGAACAUGUCACCCAGUGCAACAGAGCGGCAUAUCAGGCUGUGAUACACACACAACACGUGUUAGUGGAUACAUUCACUGCUGGUUUGGGUCUUUUGAUGGGAUUUUAAAAAUACAGAAUAUCACCAGGAUGAUCCUUUAAAAAACUGUAUAGAUUUCUCCCCAAUAUUUUCAUCUUAAGUGUGAGAGAAAACCCGGGUAACAGUAAUUAGUGUCUCGCCCGUUCACUCAUUAAAAAAAGUCAGAAAAUUGCAACCUGAGCACAUAAAGGAACAGGGAUUAAAAAGUAAACACCUUGAGGCUACGAAAGCAGCUUUAACUCGAGUCCCGUUUUGGGCCGGCGGCAUCCUUGUUUGUUCGUGUUUACCUGGAAACAAGGUGACCUGGUUACCUAACAGGCUGUUUGAGGACAAAAUGUUGGAUUUCCUUCGAUAAAGAAAAAGGCGACAGAGCGAGCUUCCUGCUUUCACAAUCGCUGGAUCGUCCUCUGACCUUCUGCACGAGCCGACUGAUCAUCUCUGUAUGUGCAGCAGACAGGAAGCUGAACUGUAAAUAUAUAAAAUGUCGAGCAACUCAGGUUUCUAUGAAUCAAGACGAUGCAUUUUUAUGUCCAGCAGGAGAGAGAUGUACAUGAAAUAAGUACAUAUGAUGGGAGGUGAGCAGGACACAAGGAGGCAUUUAUCAGACAUGCAGUUUUAUUCCAAAACCUGAUCGAUCCAGUUUGUCUUCAUGGAUGUCUGAAGUUUUACCAAACUCUUCCUGAGGCAUCAUUUCGUCUUUAAUGCGUUCAUGUUUGUGAUGAAGACGAUCUUCUGUCAGCAAAACCCUUUAAAAAGACUCAAUAACUCAAAGUGUAGCAUAAAAAAAAUACUCACCUGAGUACAUUUAAAAACAUUCCAGUUGUAUUCAGGCUUCACAACUACCUGUAAGUGUGUGACGCCAUCUUGGAGGUUCAUCAGUGAGGAAAUUAAAGUUCACCCAAAUUACAAAAAGACGUAGUUCCCACUUAACAGGGUAGACUUUGAAGCAUCUUGACUUUUAGUCAGUGGUGGAAGAAGUAUUUUACUUAGGUAAAAAUACCAAAACAACAAUGUAAAAAUACUCCAUUACAUGUAAAAGUCAAGCAUUCAAAAUCCUGCUUAAAGUACAGAAGCAUUAUUAGCUGAAUGUACUUAAAGUAUCAAAAGUAAACGUGCAGUAAAAUGGCUCCUGAAAUAUUUGAUAAUUUUACCUUUUUGAGCCUCUGACAUUUAUUUAAAUGAAACCAUGUGAGAAGUUUAGAGGGAAAAAGUCUCUUUGGUGGAACUGCCAACAACUCGCAAACCAUUAUUAUUGUAUUUUAUAAACGUAUUAUAUAUUUUUUAACGGAAAAUCUUAAUCUGAAAAGUAACUAUUAACUACAGCUGUUGGAUAAAUGCAGUGGAGUAAAAGUACAACGUUAACCUCUGAGAGCGGAGUUGAAGCAGAAAGUGGCAGAAAAUGAAAUAAACUGUACUUAAGUACAAUUUUGAGGUACUUUUCAUUUUAUACUUCUCCACUUCAGAGGGAAAUAUUUUACUCCAAUACAUUUAUUUGACAGUUAUUUUUUUUACAUAAAAAACAUGAAAUGAUGCAGUACUAUACUACUAUAGUACACAAAGUAUCUAAAACAGACAAAACAACAUUAAAAUGCUCUUAUAUGCAUUCAUUAGUGAUAAAAAGAGUACUAUAAUAUUCUACACAGCCAGUCAGCAUGAGUACUUUUACUUUUCAUACUUUAAGUACAUUUUGCUGAUAAUACUUGUGUACUUUUACUUCCUAAGUGACAUUUUGAACUCAGGACUUUUACUUGUAAUGGAGUAUUUAUGGACAGUAGUAUUUCUACUUAUAACUGAAACCAAACCACAUAUUUCUUUACAGGAAACUUUGUAGAAAUUAUUAGAAAAUAAUGAAGUUUUACCGAUUUUAAACUUUUGGUCAAAGGUUUUUUUUGUAGUUUGGGUGAACCGGCCCUUUUAAUUACAGCACAAAAAUCAGGUAGAUCGUUUUAAACUGAUCUCUUCAAAAACUUAACUGUCUUACACGUUGAUCUGGACGAGUAAAGCACCCAGCUGUACGAUAUGACCUCCAACAUGGCCGCCAGAGGGCGUCACAUGGUGUUGAAGCCCUCUGUUGUUGCUUCUCUGCGUCGGACCUGAGCCCACAGGGUUCAGCGUGCAGGUGUUUAACGGGUUAAGUGGAUCUCAUGUAAAACAAACACCCGUACCUGUGCGUGCCUCCUCUCACCUGUGUCGACGAGCAGACUGAAGACAAUCAGCGAGCGCUAAACAGAAGAUCUGUUCACCACGAACCCCUUCAGACUGUAAAUGUUUAUGCGAAUGAUUGAAAACUGCUUCCUCUCUGCGGUCGUCUGAAUGUCUGUCAACAUAAAGGGAUAAAACUUUUACUGCUCUGAGACAAAAAGUUAUAGAUUUUCUUUUGUUUUAUAUAUAUAUAUAUAUAUAUAUAUAUAUAUAUAUAUAUAUAUAUAUAUAUAUAUAUAUAUAUAUAUAUAUAUAUAUAGUAUGAAAUAUAUAAAUGUUGAUCUUUGCCUCGUCUAUCGAUGUACAGCUCUGGGAUAAAGGAAUGUAAAAGGAAUGAUUUUUCUUUUCUGUAAUUAUGAACAGCUUUCUUCCUCUCUCUCCAUCUUCCUCCUCCUCCUCUUCUUCCUCUUUUAUCUGAUCCUGUCAGAGACGCAUUCAGCCCUGCUGCUACGCCAGCUCUCUGUUUUUGUACCUGCAGCGAGAGUUGGACUUUCUAUUAAAAACAAUAAAAAGGAUAAUCAGCUGA